AUGAGCGACGGUGCUGGCAAGCGGAAGCAGGGCCCUGGUGGCAAUGGCCCAGCCUUCAAGAAGAGCAAGGGAGGCGUGUCUGGCAAGUGGCAGACGGCACACCAAAAAGCUAAGAAAACCGAGCAGAUGGAGCUAGGGAGAACCUUAGAGGUUGAUGAUGCCGGAAUUUGGGUAACUUACGCGAGAGGCAUGAGGGGGAAAGCCAUAAAGGAGUUCAAGACUGUAUGCGACGAGUACGGCGAAUCGCUGUUUGGGGUACAAGCGCCGAAGGAAGAUGGAGAGGGCGACGAUGAUGAAGAAGGUGGUGAUAUUGAGGCUUCUAUCGAGAAGGAACUGGCCAGUCUAGCACAGCCAAAGCCGAAGACAAAGCAAACCUUUACAGCCAUUGGAACUGGCCUCGACUGUGUCUUUUUCAUGAAGACAGUGAAGCCCAUUGAGCCUCUUCAGCUUGUCACCAAGAUUUGUCAGGAUGCCAAGGACUGUCCGGACCCGAUGCAGCGCAAAACCAAGUACAUUAACCGCUUGACACCCGUGUUUGACACGGAUAAGGCCACCGACAACGGCAUUGAGCGUGUAGCUCGGAGUGUGAUGGGCCCACACUUUGAACUCAAGAAAGAGCCAGGAGAGGAUGUCCCAACAGCGGAGGCAGUUUCUUCAAAUGAAGAGACUGCUGGAUCUGCAGGCUGCACGUACGCUAUUAGGUACAACAUCCGGAAUCACACCGCUUUCAAAUCGAGCGACGUGAUAAAGAAGAUUGCGGAUUUAGUCAGCCCUAAACACAAGGUCAAUCUAAACAAUCCCGACAAGGUGGUAUUGGUUGAGAUUUUCCAAACGUUCUGCGGAGUCUCGGUUGUUGAUGGCAAGGAGAGUGAGGAGCUGAAGCGUUACAACCUGAACGAGCUGUACAAGGUGGCUUUGGACGAGAAGAAGAAGGAGAGCAAGCCUGCAGCCGAGAAGGAAGCUACGGCAUCAACAUAA